AUGGAUCUUUACUACAACUCGACGUUACCUCCAGACGACAUCACCAUCAUCGGCCAAGUCUUCAGCGACGAUUACGACGACGACAUCGAAGAGGUGGUUGGAUCUUCGUACAGCGUCCCCCUCCUCGUCGCCUACAUCAUGUUCGCCCUCUUUGGAUGUAUUGGGAAUAUUCUCGUCAUCGGCGCCGUGUUCGUUCACCAUAAACUUCGUGUGCUUAGUAACACCUUCUUGGUCAACCUGGCGGUCGCCGACCUCAGCGUGUCAGCGGUCAUCAACGGAUUCGGUAUACUUGGUCUCGUCAAUGUCCGGUUCUUCGAAGACAAGCCAGCGCUCUGCGAAAUCAUCGGCAUUGUUUGCGUAACAAGUUGUUGUGGAUCACUAUGGAGCUUAGCCAGCAUCGCCAUCAACCGGUACAUCGCCAUCUGCCACCGAGACCUCUACCGGCGCAUCUACACCAGGCGGACCAUGCCCCUCCACCUCCUCCUCAUCUGGACCGUGUGUUUCCUGGCCGACAUCCCCAACCUCUUCGGCAUGGGCGACCACGAGUUCGACCCCGUCCUCUUGGUUUGCACCUUCGACUACCGCGAGUCGUACAACUACAAUAUUUUCCUGUUUAUCCUGGCUUUCUGCCUCCCCAUGGUGUUCAUCUCGUGGAGUUACGUGCGGAUCUUCACCUACGCCAAGGGUAUCUCAAGAGAGUUACGCAACCUCCAAAUCGACAAGGACGACGAGAAGAACAACAAGAAGCAAUACAAGAUCCGUGUGACGGAUCGUCGUCUGCUUCGUACCAUCAUGAUGCUCGUCAUCUUCUUCAGCCUCAUGUGGGCCCCGUUCUCGCUCAUCGUGGUCAUUGACCGCGACACCUCUUUCCCGGCCCUGGUCUACAUCCUGGCUGCCAGCCUCUCACAUACCAACUCCAGCAUCAACUGGCUUCUCUACUGCGCCACUAAUAAGAAUUUCCGCGAGGGAUACAGGACCUUCAUCUGUAAGAUAUGCCUGUGUGGAUUGGUGAAGACCAAGAAGAACUUCAGUAUAGACAUGGGCAAGAUCAUGUUCAACCGGAGAACGGCCAACGAAUCGAUGUCCAGAGAUACGUCUCGAACAGGAGGUCAACGAACCACCGAAGACCAACUCUAA